GUAGUCACCUGUUCAAGUCAAGACCAUUUAUAACUCCAUUAUUUUUUCUUUUCAUAAUGGCUUUUUAGUGUAGAUGACUGGGUGUUAGAACUCAUCGGGAAAGCUGGUCAAAAGUUUUAAAUAAUGUCUCCCUCCCAUCCCUGGAAAAUAUUAAAUGAAAUGUUUGCAAAAUUUCCUCCCUGUUUUCCAACCCUGUUCUUGUGUUCUGUGCUUGGCUCUGCCAUUGCCUUGCUGUAUAUGACCUCAGGGAACUGCUCUGUGCCUCAGUUUCCCCAUGUAAAAUGGUUAUGUGUCUCCUGUGAGUGUUGUGAAGCUUGAUUAGUGUUGAUAAGGGGUGUUGAAGUCCUGGAAUGUAAAAUACAGGUGUUUUUCUUCUUGUUCCAGCUGCCCAGCAUGUGCUGUCUGCUCUGUCAAUGUGCGCUCUGACAAUGAGCAUCAACUCCUCCUUCAGCAAUGGGAAGGGCCUGAGAAACCUCACCACACAGGACAACGGGGCAAUCAGAGUCACGGAGUCAAUUGCUAUUAUCGUCAUUGCUAUCUUCAUCUGUUUGGGCAACUUGGUGAUUGUUGUCACCCUUUACCGGAAGUCUUACCUCCUUACACUGAGCAACAAGUUUGUGUUCAGUCUGACACUGUCCAAUUUCCUGCUGUCUGUACUAGUACUUCCUUUUGUUGUCACCAGCUCCAUUAGGCGGGAAUGGAUCUUUGGAGUAGUUUGGUGCAACUUUUCUGCCCUACUUUACAUGCUGAUCAGCUCAGCCAGCAUGCUCACUCUUGGUCUCAUUGCUAUAGAUCGGUAUUAUGCUGUCUUGUAUCCAAUGGUGUAUCCAAUGAAGAUUACAGGAAACAGAGCAGUUGUCGCUCUUGUGUACGUGUGGCUACACUCCCUCAUUGGCUGCCUUCCGCCUCUCUUUGGGUGGUCUUCCUUGGAGUUUGAUCAGUUCAAAUGGAUGUGUGUGGCUGCGUGGCAUAAGGAGGCAGGCUACACAGUCUUUUGGCAGAUCUGGUGUGCUUUGCUGCCCUUCCUGGUUAUGAUGAUCUGUUAUGGAUUCAUAUUUCGUGUGGCUAGGAUUAAAGCACGUAAGAUUCACUGUGGUAGCGUGGUCAUUGUCGAGGAGGGCACCCAGAGGAAUGGGAGAAAGAACUCUAGCACCUCUACCUCCUCUUCAGGCAGUCGAAAGAAUGCUUUCCAAGGGGUUGUCUACUCAGCCAAUCAGUGCAAAGCUUUCAUAACUAUCUUGGUUGUCAUUGGUGCUUUUGUCAUCACAUGGGGGCCCUACAUGAUAGUAAUUACAUCAGAAGCUCUUUGGGGGAAAAAUAGCAUUUCUCCUGCUCUGGAGACAUUAGCAACAUGGUUAUCUUUUUCAAGUGCCAUUUGCCAUCCACUGAUUUAUGGACUCUGGAACAAGACAGUGCGCAAAGAACUAUUAGGAAUGUGCUUUGGGGACCGAUAUUACCGGGAGUCAUUUGUUCAGCGUCACAGGACAUCCAGAUUAUUCAGCAUUUCCAAUAGGAUCACAGAUUUGGGACUAUCUCCCCAUCUCACAGCUCUCAUGGCAGGUGGGCGGCCUUUAGGACACAGCAGCAGCAGCACAGGGGACACUGGUUUCAGCUGCUCUCAGGAUUCAGGGACAGAUGUGAUGCUGCUUGAGGACUAUAGUUCAGAUGGUGCUCAUCACCCGCAUUGUGUUUAUCCCUAUCGACGGAGGAGUUCAGUGACAUUCGAAGAUGAAGUGGAGCAAAUCAAAGAAGCUGCAAAGAAUUCUGUUUUCCAUGUAAAAGCUGAAGUGCAUAAAUCUUUGGACAGUUAUGCAUCCAGCUUGGCUAAAGCUAUUGAAGCUGAUGUGAAAAUCAGCUUAUUUGGAGAAGAUGCUUUACCGGGAUCUUUGUUCCCUUCGCGGACUGUACCAAGCAACAGUGUUGGUGUACGGCGUAGUGGCAGGGCUCAGGUUGGCCAAAGACUUCAGCUGCAAAGCAUUGAUGAAGGGAAUAUUUGACAAGAGCACUGAACCGGAAGAAACCACUAAGUAGGACCAGUUCUCAUUAUUUUAAAAGAAGCAGGAUAUUCAGAAUGGCUUAACUUCAGUGUUUUAGUCAAGAACACUUGAAAAUACCUGAAUACUUGUCAUUAAAUACAUACAUCUGCAUUUUAGAACAGUAUUUACUUACUGUUCAGGGUACUGUAAAUGUGUUUGUGUAAUGUUUUUAAUUCAUUAGGCAGCACAUAAAAACAUAGGAUCUGCCUUACUGGACCAAACUGAAUACAGAUCAAAUAUCUGUCAGUGGUCAAUUCCUGAUAUUUCAUAGGAAAGCAAACCACACAAGAAAAACCCCAUGCAGCAAUAUAUGAGGUGUUGUAGAGAACUGACACAUGAGCUAUCAAUGUAAUCCCUAAAAGAGGAGAUUUGAUGGUUCUACUUACUUGGAAUUUUAUACACUGUGUUGUUUUGGGGAACUGUAAAAAAAAGACCAGGUCAUGCAUUUAACAAAAGCACAAAAUCUGAGACUAGUUUUCAGAUUUCCAAGAUCCCUUUUAUCCAAAUUAUGGUCCUGUUUACUUUUCAUGUUGGAUUAUGUUUUUGACAGUCAUGGGAAUGCUAAAUAUGAGGCUUUUGUUCCACUGGACAAGUGUUUCACCAGGGAGAGCAGAUAUAUCAUUCCCACAUAUAAUGGGUAAAGGCAGGCCAGCAUUGGAAAGAUGGUUGCAGAAAUGGUUUCAAAAGACUGACAUGCAUAUUUUGUUUGGGUUUUUUAGUUCUCUGUGAGAAUUAUUUGCUUUCCUUGUUUUGUUUUUACUUGGAGGCAUUGUACAGCUACCAAGAUUUAAUAAGGAUGAGAUUGAAUAUCAAUUCUUCAUUGCCUUUUAAUAGUGACAUUAUUCUUCAGGACACAUUCUUUACACAUAGAAAAAGUACGAGUUGGAUUUUUACAAGGGAGCAUGUCUUUUUUGUAUUGUUUAAGCAAUAGCUACCUCAGUGCAAGUCUUUCUUGGAGUUAAACUCAUGAAAUCUUAAAGUAAUAUUUAGCACUUAUAUAGCACUUUUCACAUUCCAAGCGCUCUAUGAACAUAAAUUAACCUUUACAGCUCCCACCCCCCAGGUAAGCAAUGUAAAGUCCCUGUUUUGUUGAAGCAGCAAAGUGAAGGACCAGGCUUGCCCAGAAGUGCCAGGCUCACUGACAGGGGGAGAGGGCAAGGAAAAGGGGGCAAUUGCACAGGAGCCUGGUGGCAUUAAGGAGGCCUGGUCCUUUUAAACAGUGCUGCUGUAGAAGUGUGGCAGCAGCUGCAGGGAGCCCUGGAGCUGGAAUCCACGGAGCAGCAGGGGGGAGCUCCCUGCCACUUUGAACCCCUGCCUGGGUCCAAGGAGCAGCAGGGCAGAGGGAGGGGGACAGAAGGAGCAGGGAGAGGAGAGCUGGGCUGGGAAUGAGGGAAGAGAGCCAGGCUGGGAAGAGAAGAAGGGAGCCAAACUCUGGGGGUAGAGCUGGGUGCAGGACUGCAGGGAGCGAGAGAUACAAAUGAACUGGGCUGGGAGGGCAAAAGAGUAGAGGAGUGCAAACUAGGGAUGUUAAAUUGUGGGUAAUCAGCUAAUCGAGUAGUCGAUGAAAUGUCCAUUGACUAUUCGAUUAGCCGAUAAGGAGGGGAACUGUAGAACUACAGCAGGAUUAGCUCCCGGCCUGGGACCUAACCCCACUGCGGCUCUGCCUUUUAAAUGUAUUAAGAGUCUAAA